AUGAAAGAACACGCCGCUGGAGCAGCCGACGACGCCGCGGCGGCGCAAUGUCCCGUCGACCACAAAUCUCGUGAGGCCUGGAUGGCGCAGGCCCGAGCUGCCCAAGGAGAUCUUCCGCCAAACCCACACGCACAACCGCACCCACAUGCCAGUUACCCGACCGCGCAAUCAUCACAGCCGUCAGGCAAAGACGCCGCCUCGACUCCGUCCUGGGGCUGGCGCAUCCCCUUCUUCGGCAGCUCCCCUGCCGCCACCACCACCGCACCCCCGAACCUGCCCUCGACAACCUCAUCGCCGCUCGGCACUCAGCGGGAGGUGUCUUCGAUCCCGCGAUCAUCCACGCCCGGCGAGUCAUCCUGUCCGGUGAACCACGAAGUCGAGACGGGCUCGGACGAGAAGUCCGGGAACUGGAUCUACCCCUCUGAGAAGAUGUUCUUCGACGCCAUGAAGCGCAAAGGCCACGGCGCGGAGGCGGCGGACAUGAGGACGGUGGUUCCGAUACACAAUGCCGUGAACGAGAAGGCGUGGGCCGAGAUCAAGGAGUGGGAGAAGCCUUACGAGAAGGAUGGAAGCUGCCCCGGUGGCCCGAGGCUGCACUCCUUCACGGGCCUCUCGAGCAAUAUGUCACCCAAGGCUCGACUGAAUACACUCCUCGGCUACACAGCGCCUUUCGAUCGUCACGACUGGGUUGUGGAUCGCUGCGGCACAAAGGUCGAAUAUGUCAUCGACUUCUACGCAGGUAGUUCCAAGGCUGGCGGAGGACGGGCCCAGGGAAAGGUCAGCUUCUAUCUUGACGUCCGGCCGAAGCUGAACAGCUGGGAAGGCGUCAAGAUGCGGGCUGCGAGGGCUCUUGGCAUCAACUAG